UGGGGCUGUGCUUGUUUACUCCUGCAAGCUCUGUGAGUGCUAGCAUUUGUUAACAAAAAGCCUCCUUUACUGGACAGCUGGAAGAGGAGAUGAGUGGAGUGAUUCCCUUGUGCCUCUUACUGCAAGCCAUCUACAUGCUGUGCAAUGGGGCUGGGCAGUCCCUCAGCAGCCACACUUGGUGCAGCAAGACCGGCACCUGCUACAGUAUUCAUGGGGCCAGAAUGGCUUUCCACCAAGCCUGGGAUGAAUGUGCUCAGCACCGGGGUGCCCUGACCCAGGUCAGAAAUACAGCAGAGUUGUGGGACAUCCUGGCUCUUCUGAACACAGUCACAGCAGGCUCUGGUGCCUUGCUCUUUUGGGUUGGGCUAACUAGGAAACAGCAAGAGUGCACCCAUCCAGAGCGACCACUGCGGGGCUUCUCCUGGCAGACCAGACCCCAGCAGGACCUCAAGGAAGAGCCUUCAGAGCUGGACAAGUGGGUGAAAGAGCCGACUAGCUCCUGCACCACCUCCCGGUGUGCAGCGCUGCAGGUCACUGCAGGACAACCCAGCCUGGAGCCCUGGGGCUGGAAGGAGCAGCGCUGCAAUAAGACGACCCAGGGCUUUAUCUGUAAGUACAAGUACAAUGGCACCUGCCCUAUUCUGCACCCACAGGAAGCCCUUAGCUUCAUCUACCAGUUCCCUGAUGAUCUUCCCAGAGCCAGCAAGGGGUCCAGCCCCCCAGGCACUGUUCUCAACAUCACCUGCCCCAGCCCCCAGGGGGUUGUGCAGCUGGUCUGCCAGCUGGGGCGGGACGGCUAUACAUGGACAGCUGCUGAAAAGCCCAUUUGCUUCUGUCCCUCUGGGUACCUAAACAGCAGCACCAGGAACUGUGUGGACCCCCAUGACUGCCUUAGUGCCCAAGGCACCUUCCUUUGCAUGUGUGCACAGGGCUUCCAGCUUGGGAAGGAUGCAAAGUCCUGCACACAGGACCCCAGGGGCUUGACCACAGCAGUGCCUGACUUGACUUUGUCAUCACUGCCAACCCUUGCUCAGGGCAGCUUGGAUGUGCCCUCUACAAACUCUCCUGCCUACACGAGUGCAGCAGUAGAGAAGUUCUCAUCCUCCUUCAACUACAUGUUCAUCCCGAUCAUCUUUGCUGUGGUGGUGCUGGUGAUCCUGGUCAUGACCACACUGGGGGUCUUUAAACUGUGCUUCAAUAAAACACCUUCCUCCUCCAACCAAGAUGGCAGAGGGCCAGCAGCUGCAGCAGAGAGUGACCCUGAGGGUACCACCACGCAGUCUAACUCUGAACACUCCCUGGAGGCAGCAGCCAAAGGCAACCAGCCAGGAGGAGGCGAGGCAGAGACACCACAAGGGGAGCCCAUACCUGAGGACGGAGCUCCCCAAAGGAAUUAGGAACUUCCCUGAGCACUGUGGACAGUCAGGGAUAAAUUUAAAAUGAAACAGCAGUGACUUUGCUUCCUGUGAGUUCCAGCAGCUGAGCUGGCAGCUCCCACUCCUUCAAAGGGAGGUUUGACAGAUUUCAGACUCUCCAGGAGUGACAGAUUUGGCAGGGUGCCAAGGAGACAUGGAAAAUCUCAUCAGGUAUUUUUAAAACAUACUUCUAUAAACUGCCACACAGCUUGGCAGGCCUGCAUAGGGCACUUCAGCAACCCUGGAAGGAGAUCCAUGGGGUUUCUCUGGAACAAGACGCUACUGAGGCUUAAUGAAGGCUUUGUGCAUCCAGCCAAAAUUGUCAGAUUUGGUGCCUGGAUUCAGGCCUCUCCGUCAGUGGCCACUUUUCCAGGGAUUCUGAUUACCUGCAACUUUUGAUUUCCCUGAAGGGUUUUAACACACUCUUCAAAAAACAAAUCACUAAUGUAGAUGCCUUUUGUAAAUACAAUACAGAUGUAUCAGUGCCUGCAGGCUUUAAAAAAGCAAACAAAUGGUGCUUUACUUAAAACUUGGUGCAUUCCCUCAGUGAGCUCUGUGUAUGCCCAGAAGACAUAGUGUAUUACUUCAGCCCAGCUCACCUGACAUCUGUAAGGGCUAGUGUGAAUUUUUUGUCACUUUUAUCUAAUAGCUGAUUGAAUCAGCUU